GACAAUGCUCGGGAGAUGAAGAUAGUGUGUAGCUGCUUCUGGGCUCAAGGAGGAGGAGAAGAAUCCACAAGCCGACAAGAUGAGAUCCAAGGCGAGGGCGAGAAAACUGCCCAAAAGUGACAGUGAGAUUGUAAAUAGUAUGUAUGAGACAGACCCUGAUCUCCUGGCUGGUGAGAGUGCAGAGGAGGAAACAGAGGACAGUAUUAUGUCCCCUAUCCCCGUCGGACCUCCAUCACCUUUUCCUACCAGUGAGGACUUCACCCCCAAGGAAGGCUCACCUUAUGAAGCUCCCGUCUACAUUCCUGAUGACAUUCCAAUCCCACCAGACUUUGAACUCAGAGAAUCCUCGAUUCCAGGGGCAGGGCUGGGGAUUUGGGCCAAAAAGAAGAUUGAAGUUGGGGAAAGAUUUGGACCUUACAUGACAAUACCAAGGACCACGUUAAAGGAAACAAACUUUGGAUGGGAGCAAGUACUGACUGAUCCUGAGGUGGCAUCCCAAGAGGGCUGUAUAAAAAAGAUCGCUGACGACCUGGGAAAUGAGAAAUUCUGUGCUGAUGCUAAUCAGACUGGCGCUGGAAAUUGGCUGAAAUACAUCCGAGUGGCCUGUUCUUGUGAUGAACAAAAUCUAGCUGUAUGUCCCGUUAAUGACCAGAUCUAUUAUAAAGUUAUUAAAGAAAUUGAGCCAGGAGAAGAACUGCUGGUGUAUAUGAAGGAAGGUGCCUAUUCUCUUGGGAACAUGCCACCUAGUCUGGAAGAAGAGCACACAUUUCGUUGUGAGGACUGCGAUGAGCUCUUCCAGUCGAAGCUGGACCUGCGGCGACACAAGAAAUAUGCCUGCAACUCUGUCAGCUCGCUGUAUGAGACACUGAAUGAGGAGCUCAAACAGGAAGGGUUAGGCGACGGGCAGGUCUAUGAGUGCAAAGACUGUGAGAGAAUGUUCCCCAGUAAAUACAGCUUGGAGCAGCACAUGAUAAUCCACACUGAGGAGAGGGAGUACAAGUGUGACCAAUGUCCAAAGGCUUUCAACUGGAAAUCAAACCUGAUUCGUCACCAGAUGUCACAUGACAGUGGCAAACGAUUUGAAUGUGAAAACUGUGUGAAGGUGUUUACUGACCCCAGCAACCUCCAGCGGCACAUCCGUUCCCAGCACGUUGGCGCGCGAGCCCAUGCCUGCCCGGACUGUGGCAAAACCUUUGCCACCUCGUCUGGCCUCAAACAACACAAGCACAUUCACAGUACUGUCAAACCUUUCAUAUGUGAGGUCUGCCACAAAUCCUACACGCAGUUCUCCAACCUCUGCCGCCACAAGCGGAUGCACGCGGACUGUCGCACCCAGAUCAAAUGCAAGGACUGCGGCCAGAUGUUUAGCACUACCUCCUCUCUCAACAAGCACCGGCGCUUCUGCGAGGGCAAGAACCAUUACAACCCAGGGGGGAUUUUUGCCCCUGGCCUACCUUUAACGCCCACCUCCCUGAUGGACAAAGCUAAACCCUCACCCAACCUCAACCAUGCCAGCCUGGGAUUCAAUGAUUAUUUUCCAUCCCGACCUCACCCAGGGGGUAUUCCAUUCUCGCCUGCUCCCCCAGCAUUUCCUGCCCUUACUCCAGGAUUCCCAGGGAUUUUUCCUCCCUCUCUAUACCCCAGGCCCCCUUUGUUGCCUCCCACCCCGCUGCUUAAGAGUCCCCUCAACCACACCCAAGACGCAAAGCUUCCAAGCCCCCUGGGGAACCCGGCACUGCCUCUGAUUUCUGCAGUGAGCAACAGCAACCAGCCCAUCUCAGGGGAGGAGAAAUUUGAAAGCAGCUUGGAAAACUCCUACUUGGACAAGCUAAAAGCCAGGAACAGCGACAUGUCUGAUGGGAGCGACUUCGAGGAUGUCAACACGACCACAGGCACAGACCUUGAUACCACCACGGGCACUGGCUCUGACCUGGAGAGCGAUGCAGAGAGCGACAGGGACAAAAUGAAAGACAAAAGCAAACAGACUGAGAACAAGCCAGAUUUUGUCAGCAGUUCUGUGUCCACCAGUUCCACCAACAAUGUGAACGAGCUCCCCCUUUUCUAUUCUCAGCACUCCUUCUUCCCUCCCCCGGAAGAGCAGCUGCUCCCCACGACGGGGGCAGCCAAUGACUCCAUAAAAGCGAUUGCCUCCAUUGCAGAGAAGUAUUUCGGCCCUGGCUUUAUGGGGAUGCAGGAGAAGAAGAUAGGUUCCCUCCCAUAUCACUCCAUGUUCCCAUUUCAGUUCCUCCCCAAUUUUCCCCAUUCACUGUAUCCUUUUACGGACCGGACCCUCAAUCACAACUUGCUGGUCAAGGCAGAACCAAAGUCACCCAGGGACCUUCACAAAGUGGGUAGCACCAGCUCAGAAUCGCCCUUUGAUCUCACCACAAAACCAAAAGAGAUUAAGCCAAUCUUGCCACCACCCAAGGUCUUGCCGGCCCCAUCUUCUGGGGAGGAACAGCCACUGGAUCUAAGCAUCGGCAACCGCAUCCGAGCCAGUCAGAACGGAGGGAGGGAGCCCCGAAAAAACCACAUCUAUGGGGAAAGGAAACUAAUGGCCAGUGAAGUACUACCCAAGAUUUCUCAGUCUCAGCUCUCUCAGCAGCCAUCCCUGCAUUAUGCUAAGCCAUCACCCUUUUUCAUGGACCCCAUAUACAGCAGGGUGGAGAAGCGGAAGGUGACAGACCCAGUGGGUGCCCUAAAGGAGAAGUACUUGCGACCUUCCCCACUGCUUUUUCACCCACAGGUGUCAGCCAUAGAAACCAUGACAGAGAAACUGGAGAGUUUUGCAGCCAUGAAAACAGACACUGGCACAUCCCUGCAGCCCCUCCCGCAUCACUCCUUCAACUUCCGGUCCCCGCCCCCUACGCUGUCAGACCCCAUCCUGCGCAAAGGCAAGGAGCGCUAUACCUGCAGGUACUGUGGUAAGAUCUUCCCCCGGUCAGCGAAUCUGACAAGGCAUCUUCGGACACACACAGGAGAACAACCGUACAGGUGUAAAUACUGUGACAGGUCAUUCAGCAUUUCCUCUAACCUCCAGCGGCACGUUCGAAACAUCCAUAACAAGGAGAAGCCAUUCAAAUGUCACCUGUGUAACCGAUGCUUUGGGCAGCAGACCAACUUGGACCGACACCUUAAGAAGCAUGAACAUGAGAAUGUGCCAGUGAGCCAGCACUCUGGAGUCAUUACUAACCACCUUGGGACCAGUGCCUCCUCCCCAAACUCGGAGCCAGACAACCAUGCACUUUUAGAUGAGAAAGAGGACUCGUAUUUCUCUGAAAUCAGAAAUUUUAUUGCAAAUAGCGAGUUGAAUCAAGCAUCAACUUUAACAGAUAAAAGGCCAGAAAUCCAAGACGUUGAUAGCAACUCCCAGUGUCAUGGGAUAGCAAAUGAGAAACCAGAAGAUGUGGAUGAGGAGGAGGAAGAAUUGGAGGAGGAAGAUGAUGACAGCUUGACAGGGAAGUCACAGGAUGAAACAGUAUCACCCACGACGGAGCCCCAAGGAACGUUUGAGGAUGAGGAGGAUGAAGAGCCCACAUCCCUCACCAUGAGCUUUGACCAUACCCAAAGGUGUAUUGAGGAGGACGAAGCCGGCUUGUUAGAUUUGGAGCAGAUGCCGAAUUUUGGGAAGGGGCUGGAUCUUCGCAAAGCAGCCGAGGAAGCAUUUGAAGUUAAAGAUGUGUUUAAUUCCACCUUAGACUCUGAGACAAUAAAACAGACUCUGUACAGGCAGGCUAAAAACCAGGCUUAUGCAAUGAUGCUGUCCCUUUCUGAGAACACUCCCCUUCACACUUCUUCCCAGAAUAAUCUGGAUGCUUGGUUGAACAUGGCAGGAGCAGCCUCAGAGUCGGGGACCUUUAAUCCCAUCAACCAUCUCUGACGGGUCGAGAAGGCACUGGUUCAAGGUCCGAGUGAGGAGGUGGUGAUGCUGUGACUGCCCUAUCAGAAAUUCUAGCACGCAGAAGAUGGAUCAGAGGGCCGCAGGGAGUCGUCUGGGCUUUUGGCUGGGAGAAUAAACCUGUCACAUCUACCCUACAAUUCGCGAAUUUGUAUCUAUCCACAGUUGUUGGUUUCUAAUUUGUUAGAAAGAAACUCUCCAAACUGGAUAGCCCUGAAGCAGCCCUAGGAUUCCACCAUCUCUAAGAAUAGUGUAAACCAUAAGUGAAUUGCAAUGAUGCAAUCAAAUACUGGUCCCUUUACAGUUACAAGACAAUAUAACUGAGCCAGCUGGUUUCUGCUUAUAAACUAAAACUUGAAGUCAUUCGACCCCUUGCCCCCCUCACACACCACAUUCACUUCAGUUGAAUAGCAGUCAUAAGGGGGCUGGGGUGUGGGGGGGGAGAUCUAGGACUGAUCCAUCCCUGGUAUAAUUCUGAUAUAGUCACCAGCGUUAUACCAAGGAAUGGUGAAUUUGACCCAUUUUACUUAACUUGGCUCUUUGAAAUAGCGUGAAAUUCUGCACCCCCCACAACAGCACUCAUCUUUACACUGCAGAGUGUGUUGUUGUGAGUCGCUAUUGUGGGAAGCCACGCUCCCUGACGUGCAAUGUCCAAACAGGGCUAGCUUCUGCCAAGAGCACAAAUAAUUGGUGCAGAAGGAGCGUUGCUGGGGCUGCUCAUACAUGCACACAAAUACAUAGACAAUGCCCCGUAAGCUCAACCCUAGAAAGCUACUGUGUAGUUUCUCUCCCAGAGGGUCUUUCAAAUGCUCUCUCUUCAAUGUUGGGGGAGAAACCUCUGCCCUGUGCCCUUGUGUUGGUUUGCUGGUGGUUGCUUAUGCCAAGUACCCUGCCAUCAUUUACCCCAUAAUUUUGAUAAUAUGGCUAAAAAAAAAUCCUUGUUUUUAAUAACCUUAUGAGUGCAGCUCAACUCCUCAAGCAUGUGGCUAAGGAAAUAUAUUUUCUCUCUGGAUCUAAAAUUACUUGCAAUUUUUUACGGAUGAUUUUAAAUUGCUUUGAAGUCUCAGCUCUUUUGCUGACAUAAAGCAGCCUCCAGAAAUCCUGUGACAUUAGUUUGUGCUAUUUCUACAUUGUAAUAACAACCUGGUGUUCUAGCUGUGAUUUUUAUAGGUAAAGCUAAACCUGAACAUAAUUCUGAAAGGGGUUAGAAAUAUUACAAAGAAUAACAUUGGCUACUCUGACAUUUGUAAUGUGUGUGCUGAGAAAUGCCUAGAUAUGGUGUUACAGAAUCAGGAUUGCCUAAAGGUAAGACAGGUGCCUGCCACCAAGUGACUUUAAGUUGAAUCAGGGGUGCUACAAACUUGCCCAUCUGAAUGCUGCAUCAGCAACUCACCUAGGAGCCUCCAGAUGCUCUAAGGACCCAAUUCUGUAAAAGCCUGACUCUAGCAGUUUUUCCGCCGACUUCAAUGGACUUUGGACCAGGCUCGAAACACUUAAAGCUGGGUGUACCACUUGUAGUAAGUGCUACACCUAGUAGUCAGUGUUUGCAGAAUUGGGUCAUUAGCUGACUUCAGAGAAACUUCUCACAGUAGUAAACACAUCUACUAGUAAGUGUUUGCGAGAUUGGGCCCCUAGUUUAUUUGUGCGGGAACAGACUGCAGCUGCUCUGCUGUUGAAUAUGAAGAUGCAGAUCAUGGCAGUAGAGGAGGUUCCAGCAUGCAAUGCUCCAUCUGGAAGCAAUUGCUCAGAUUACAGUGGUGCAUUGUAUGCUGGGAUUUGCAGUCCUGAUGGGCCACACCUCAUAUUCCAGAGAAGGUCAGCCACAGGACUCAGCUGGCCCCUGGGGCUGCACCUCUCUUUGCCACUGGGGUAGAGGGAAUGAAAGGAUAAUCAGCAACAUCAAAUAAUUCUCCAUAGUUCACCCAGGGAAAGACGACAUCCCUCCUGCUAGUUUCUCCAAGUCACCAUGUAUAUGCGCUGAAGGCUCUGAAUCCAACAGUGAUCUAUACCCUCCCCGGUUUCAAAUGUUUGCACAAAGCUCUUGACUAAGUGUAGCCCAAGAACUGACAAUGUCAAAAGAAACCAGUCUCUAAGAGUCAGACAGAACAUUCCUUUCCCUGGCACGUCUGCCUAUGCUAACAUUACAGUACUUGCCAUUCACUUGGGCUUUAAAUUAUUCCCAUAGGGGCCAAUUUAAAAUAAUAAAAUAAUUGUUUUUUUUUCCUAAUGGAAUUUACCUUAAUCUGUAUAUAACUUGUAAUUUUUUUUCUAAUUCUUUUCUUAUUUUAUUUCUUCCUUAACAGUAUUUUUUGCAUUGGAUAUCAUUAUUGUGAAGAAAUAAUGUUAAUAUAAGUAUCUAGUGAAGGACCAAAAUUGUGUAAUUAAGGUUGUAUGUUGUAUGAUUGAUAACCAGGGAGUAGAUUUUUUUAUGUGCCAAAUGACCCUAAAUAAUCCUGCUAUUCUUGCUGCCGCUUUUCCCGACAAUCAUGUUUUGUUAAAUUUGAGUUUCAAUUACAUUUGCAUGUAGGAUGUGUUCUAUUUAUUUCUUUUAUUGUUUGGAAAAAAUAUCACAAGAAAACAAAAACAAAACGAAAAACCCUUCCAACAUGCCCUUAAUAAAAAACAAAAGAAACAAACUAAAAAGAGAGAUUUCAGAGUAGCAGCCGUGUUAGUCUGUAUUCGCAAAAAGAAAAGGAGGACUUGUGGCACCUUAGAGACUAACCAAUGUAUUUGAGCAUAAGCUUUCGUGAGCUACAUACAUCGGAAUGCAUCCGAUGAAGUGAGCUGUAGCUCACGAAAACUUAUGCUCAAAUAAAUUGGUUAGUCUCUAAGGUGCCACAAGUCCUCCUUUUCUUUUUACUGAUUCAGUUGGCAUUUGUAGCCAUUUACAAAAGUAACUGGUAUAAUUUCCAAAACUAAAAGGUGGCUCUUCUAAAAAUAAAAUGGUACAGUAUAUAGCGAGGUUGUCAGCAAUAUUAUAUCACUAUAAAUAUUCACUCUUUCGAGAAACAAACAUACCCCAGAAGAACCUGCAAGGUGAAGUUUCAUCCUGCAAACAUGUGUAGUUUUAAAGUAAAUCAAUGGGACUAUGUAUGUGUUUGCAGGAUUAAGGCUCAGAGGCCCACUCCCAUCAACACUAUCACCGGCCGUGCUUACCACAUAGUACUCCCCACAGCAAGCACUUAAGCACAUUCUUAACCUUAAGCAUAGGAGCACGUCUGUCCCUAUUCAGUUAAAACGGGUAAGUCUGUGCUUUGAAGUCAAUGGGACUACUACAUGCUUAAAGUUAAGCACAUGCUAAUGUCUCUUUCUGGAUCGGGACAAGAGUGCUCUGCAUCUUGCAAGAUCAAGCUCUAAGAGCAGAAGUAGGUAUUUGCAAGGUCCGAUCCUAAGUUUUGUCUGUAAGUAGAUGGCAUGGGUUUUUGAAGAGGGGUCAGCCUUGCUUCUCCAUAUAUAGGGAUAACUUGCCAUGGUGACCUCAUCUCCAAACCAUAGGCAAAGAUCUUAGAAACAGAAAUGUUGUAAAGGCUUUUUUGACUUCCCUCCAGUCUGUGGACACUGCCCUGUUAUUUCUUGCAUUGUUUCUUCAAAAGAACAAUGUGUUAAAAGCUCUUAAUUGUGCCUGACAAUGAGCAAUAUCUGUUUACCUUCUAGGGACCAGGGUGUGCCACCAUUUCUGGGGCUGAGUAGCUCACUGAUUUGAACAGGGCUCUUUGAGUAGUACGUUACCAAUCACCGUGAGUAAGGGUGACACAGUCUAGCCCUAUAUUAAGAAGAUUAAAUUUUUUUUAAAUCAUAAAAUGAUUUUUUUAUGUUUCCUGUUAUUUAAAAAACAAAAAAGACCACACUUUGUUUCCUUCCUUUUCUUCUAGCUGGUCUCUGUCAAUUUAAGUAUCCAGACUUCUCUAAACCAGCACUGGCUACACAUUUUAAGAUUUUUUCCAAGCAAGAUAAGCAAAUACAAUGCCGAAUCCAAUUUAUGUUUAUCCCUUAGCCCCUUCUUUAAUUGCACUCAAAACGUUGCGAUUUGUAGCUAAUGUUUUUGGGGCUUUAACAAAAAAACAAUCGCUUAUUUUGAAGGAUGUUUCCUGAGACUUGCUUAUGUCAAGAAUAAAUAGAGGCAAGAAAGAUCCCACAAUCAGAACUUAGACUCUCCUUCAGAACUAGCCAGGGGAAGGAUCUGGGGCCUCUGCUGCAGCCGUGUAGCUCAUGUACACCCUACACCACUAACAUAUUAUGCUCAGGAACCAAUGCUGUUGAUGUGGUACAUCAAGGGGUGGAGUUAGAGUGAUUUCCAUAAGGCCUGGUAAUUGUUUGAAAUCAAGGGUACCAUCCAAGAGGUGAUUAUAACUAAGAAUUUUGUUGGAUGGGGGCUAUUUAUUUUACCUGUUUUCAUGUCUGCAGCAGGUAGCCAUAUUGCCAUAACUAGUGGGAGGUGAGAAAUGGGACCUGCUGUGUUAUUGUUCAAAUCACUAGGUGGAUCCAAGGAGGCUAUUAGCAGCCUCUGGCUAUGCCAAACUGUUCAGUACUGCUGAAAUAAAACUGUAAGACGGAGGGACCCUUCCUUCUACUGAUUGCUACUUUAUUUAGAAAUUUUAUAUAUGAGCUAAUUAUAAAAGCAAAAAAAAAAAAAAAAUUUUCUGCUACUCCUUUCUAUUGCUCACUCAGAUACCAGCAUUCAAAAUAACGAUAUGAAUCACUCGGCAGAUACAAGGUGCAAUGCAACUGCUGUGCGACGGAAUGUGCCAGGUCCAUCCAGGUAGAUUGCACUUGUUUUGUUUUUGGAAGAUCCAGGUAUGUCCAGGUAGAAUGCACCAGAUUUGCUGUUAGACAUACCAGGCAUGUUCCUGUUGAAGACACUUGCUGGGCUGCUGGUGCCUCCUUACAGAAGGCAUCUACUGUGUUGCUGAACAUACCAGCUGGGUCCGACAUGCCAUUACGUCACUGGAUGAUCAGAGCCCAGCCGGCAGAGCAGCAUGCUAGCAGCAAACCAAACCGAAAGGGUUAAGAACAAAACAUGAGCUGAAAUGCUAUACUACAUUCCAGGACAAAAAACAAAGUUACGAUUUUCUUCUUGCUCAAAACGAUUAGUGGAGCCUCUCGAUUUCCCCAAAAUCAGCACUUAGAAAUUCAAUAGUUAUUGAAAACUGCUUCUCUUUUUCAUUUCAUACGAAGCAUUUAUAAAAGCACUUGCACAAUGACAUAUUAACAUGUUUAGACUCUAAGCAUCAAAGCACUGGACUGUAAGCCCCCUCUCACCCCUCCAGCCUAUUUCAAUCUACUGACUUACAUUCAAUUUUUACGUGCUGUAUUUUGUGUGUGUGUGUGUGUGCGUGUGUGUGUGUGGUGGGGAUGGGGGGGGAAGCAUCAUGGUGUAGGAACCUGCACUUUGCUGCCUGUUUAAAAACAAGCAGGGAGUGAAACAAUCUGCUCAGAUUUGCAUUGGUAACAUGAGGGCAAAAGCUCUGCUCCUAGUUGAUGGUCAGUAGUGUUUAAAGCCAUGAAACUGUUUCUCUGUAGUGUUGAGUGAUACUGUGAUUAAAAUGUUAUUGCAUUAUUCCAAUAUUUUUUCUUUAUUCUGUCAUUGAUUCUUAUUACCACUUUUGGAAAAGAACGAAAAAGAGAGAGGAAAAAAAAAAAGGCAGCUUUGAUUUCCAAAUGUGCAAUUCACGUGUGAACAAAGUAAUUCUGAAAAUAUUUCUCAAUGUAUUUUACGUUCUCAUUACUCUCUUCAAAAGUAAGAGAUGUUUUGCCCUGAUGUCAUUUUCAGCCUGCAGAAGAUGUAAUUUAAAACAUAUAUAUAUUAUGCUUGCAAAAAUCAUAAAUCUGUGCAUCCUAUGUCAUUCCUUCUCCCAUUGUUACAAUACAGAUUUGAUUUAGGGUUUGUUUGUUUUUUUCCUUUAGAACUGUAUAGUGUUUUGUUUUUUUUAAAAAAAAUCAAUUGUAAAUGUCUGGUUUUCAUAUAAUGUUUAAAAAACAUUGAGAAAGAGGAUGGUGCUUGUUCCAUAUCAUUCUUGAUUGUAUAUUGCUUCUGUUAUGUUUAUAAGUAAACUGUGCAUGACUUGUGUUUAGCAGUCAUUAUUGUGUCUGUUUGUGAAAUUUUUAUCAAAAAGAAAAAAAAUUCUGUAGAUGCACUUACUGUAUAUGUGAUUAGGUUUUGCGUCCAAGGCUAGGAGCCUUGAACUGCCAAGGAAGAAAAAAAAAGAGGUGGCAGUUAUUAAUUAAUAUGAAAUCGCUGUGUUGGGAGCAUAAUGAAAUAAAAGAUAUGAAGUGUAGAAAAUAAUUAAAAAAAAGCGAUUUUACAAAUUUCAUUUUGAUGCUUGUGAUAAAAGGCAAAUGUAUUUGUGUAGAGAAAGACCUUUAAAAUAAUGAAUAGGAAAGCUGAUUUUGAGGUUAAUGCUGUAGAAUAGGAAUGUAUACCAAAUGUAAUCUUUCCAAUGCUACAAUGAAUUUAUACAUGAGAUUGAUAUGCAAUAAACCUGUGUGCUUUUCUAA